UAUCAACUUGUCAUUUAUCAAGUGCUUGUCAAAUAAAACAACCACGAAAAUUGCCCUUUCUUGAUCAAAAAAAUGGCGAGUCGCGGUGGAGCAUCUAGGCGUGUUCCUGAAAAUGAAGCCGCGAUCACUUACGUCCAGUGUGAUGGCCUGGCGGUAAUGAAAAUAGUGAAGCACUGUCAUGAGGAAUCAUGCAGCAACAUGGAAGUAGCUCAAGGGGCUCUGUUGGGGCUGGUGGUGGACAACCGGCUGGAGAUCACCAACUGCUUCCCCUUCCCCAAGCACGAUGAGGCCAUGGAUGAGGAGGAGUACCAGCUCGACAUGAUGCGCCGUCUGCGCAGGGUCAACGUUGACCACUUUCAUGUUGGAUGGUAUCAGAGUGCGGAUGUAGGCAACUUCCUGAGCCAGUCACUGUUGGAGUCACAGUAUCACUAUCAGACCUCCAUUGAGGAGAGUGUUGUAGUCAUCUACGACACCAAGAAGUCUGCUCGAGGCUUCCUCACUCUGAAGGCAUAUCGCUUAACUCCACAGGCAAUCGCCAUGUACAAGGAAAAUGACUACACACCUGAGGCUCUCCGGAACCUUAAGAUAGGUUACGAGAGCCUCUUCAUAGAGGUGCCCAUCGUGAUCCGCAACUCGCCGCUCACCAACAUCAUGAUGUCUGAACUCUCCGAGAUGAUCCCUGAGGAAGAAGGCUCUAAGUUCCUCGACCUUGGAACUGCGUCUGUGCUUGAAGGUCAACUCAGAAGCCUGAUGGAACGUGUGGACGAAUUGAACCAGGAAGCUAUUAAAUUCAACCGCUACCAGCAAUUGGUAGUCCGUCAACAGCAAGACAAGCACAGAUGGUUACUGAAGAGGGCACAAGAGAAUGCAGCAAGAGCAGCCAAGGACGAACCUCCCCUACCCGAGGAAGAUGUCAACAAGCUCUUCAAGCCUCACCCAGUCCCGCCCAGGCUCAACCCGAUGAUUGUGGCUGGUCAGAUCAAUACAUACAGCCAGCAUAUUAGCCAGUUCUGCUCGCAAAGUCUUGCUAAGCUCUAUCUGACGCAAGCUUUACAGAAUGCUAAGGAUGUUAAGCAGAACAUUUAGGUGUCUAUGCAGGGUCAGUGCAGACCAGGCGACAAAUUGUUGGAGCAUUACGUCAUUAACGUCACUUAUUAAUUAAGAAACGCUUGAGCAGUUUACUUGCUGGUCUACACUAACCCUUACAAGUAUUUGUAUUUGUAAUAAAUCGUGGAAUGUGUAA